AUGUAUUUCUGUUUCAGUGGUAUUGAAUAUGGAGAUGAGGUGUACAGCAUAUGUCAAUUGGAAGCUCGAAAUUCUUCCAAUGAUUUGAAAAAAAACAAAAAGGUUGAUGAAGGAAAAAUAGAUACUAAAAUAAUACAAAAUAAUAUUGAUUUAUCAAAAUCUAUACGAAAAGUAACUUCGUCACCGAUUUGUCAAAUACCUAAAAGUAAUUCAUCUAUGCCUAUAAAAUCUCCUCACCGUGAUAUUGGAGCUUCAGUAAUUACGAAUAAGAAGGAAGAUUCAAAUACAGAAUUCAUAUUCCAGAAUAAACCUGUGAUCGAUUACAACUCUACUCGAUCUUAUAACGAUCCGUCUCAAUCAGUUACAAAAAAAAUAUUUGGUGAUUCUUCCAUUGGUACUACAUCUGAUCAAGAUACUCUGUUAUCAAUUACAAACCGUUCAUCACCACAAACAGCCACUGCAAGUAUUUUCGCUCCACGAACGGAGGAUAUGAAUAAAGGUUUCCUCACUUUCAGUGACGAUCAACCAGGAUUAACAAUGCUUAAAGAUGAACCGGAAGAUUUAACUCAUUUAGCACCAACGCCAGGAGAUGUAUGCGUUCCUCUUGAAGAUACACCAUUUCUCUCAGAUAUGCUUGACGAAUUCAUGUUAAGUAAUGAAAAUUAUUGUACAUUGUUAAGUCCAAUGAUACCAACAGAACUUCCCGAUUCUAAUUCUGGACUCAUGGAAGAUACAAUUCAAAAAAAUGAUAAUUUUGGAGAAACUCUUGAUAGUGAUCCGUUUUUCUAUACGAAUCCAUGCUCGAAUCUCGAUUCAUCUCAAUCCACUACGAAUAAUCUUACGAAUACGCCAACUAAAAGCCCCGAAUUAUUUAGUAUAGAUUUACUACAUAGUUCUGAUACAAGUAACAUUGCAACUGAUUCUGGAAUUUCAGAAGAUGAAUUACUCAUGUUAAAUAUAGAUGAAGUUAUUGCUGAUGAUGAACUUGCAUUGCGCGCUCCUUAUAUUCCUAUGUCAGAUCAAGAUGAGGCUUUACAGAUGCUUAUCAGCGACAAUAUGGUUAUGUGGGGACCGACACAACCUCCUGAUAGAUCUGAUUGGGACUCAAAAAGAGAUAGUUCUGAUUACUAUAAAGAAUCUAGCCUAGCAAAAUUAUUGAAGAACAAUAAAAAUUCAAAUAAAUACGAUUCUAUUUCUACGGUGAAUUUAAUUAAAGAACGUGAUCAAACUCUUGAAAUAGGAGUAAACAAGAGAUCUAAUAAACGUCUGCAUGAAACAUCGUCAUUGAACACCGAAGAAGUGAAUAAGCGUAUGAAAUGUCAGAUGAUGGAUAAAAAUACAUUAAUCGCUGCCAAAAAAUCAUCAGAAACAGACUUAUUUCAUACAGUUAAAUACACGAUUAGUGUAGACGGUAUGAAUCAAAAAAAUAUCCGAAUCAAUGAUAACAAUCUUGCUGAUACUAAAGCAAAUAAAAUGCGUUUGUUGCAACAACUUAUAGAAGAUCGUGAACUGUCAACUACGGCCGAAUCCUCCAAUUUAAACGAUGCGGUUAAUCGUACAAAACAUUUGGACACGAUCAAUCUAAUGGGUGAUGCUGAUGGUGACGAUGAAAAUCUACAAGAUCAUCAAUCCAAUAGCGUUCUAAUGAACCUCCUUAUUUCUGGUUGCGAUAAAAUGUAUGUGGACCUGCCUACACUGUUAGAAGAAAAACUGCGAAUACCGUUAUCCAUCAACGUAACUGAAGAUCACUGA